CGGCUCGGGGCCGCCCCGCCCCGCCCCGUCCACGGCGUCACUACCGCUUCGAGUUGGAGGGAAUGCUUCGAACGGUUCCUGAAUCAACAUGUCUGCCAAAAACAACCUGCGGUGCAAUAAAACAGAAAUUAUAAGGGUUUUGUCUGCAGACCACAGGCUGAUCCUAAACAAAGCUCAGGAGACAGAACUGAUAAACCAACGUGAGUACAAUAACCUGAAAAGCAUCAACAAAGAAGAUGUGGAGGGACACGUCACUGAGCUUGUGGAUAAGAUCAUGAACAAAGGAGAGGACUCCUGCAAAUAUUUCAUGGACCUCCUGCAAACCGACGACAUAAUAAGUACUUACCCUGAGCUGAAGAAGAUACUGAAUGACACCUGCCAUCUACCUAAGCCUGUCCAAGAGUCAGCAGAUGCUAUGCCACCAGAGAGCAAGAGGGUCAAGAGGGAGGAGCAGUACCAGUUGAAGAGUCAGCCCGUUGGCCUCUGUGUCAUCAUUAACAAUGAAAACUUCAAUGAAAGCAAAAUGAGAAGAGGAACCAAUAAAGAUGCUCAAUGUUUGGCAGAGGUGUUCACCUGGCUGCGCUUCAGAGUGCUGAUGUGUAAAGACCAAACCAAGGACCAGAUGGAGCGAGCGCUGAGCUGCUUUGCCUCUCUGAGCGACCCCUCUCAGCUGCAGGAGUUCAAUGUUAAGGAGUGGAUUGACAGCAGAUUUGCUGAACUCCAGCAGACACCUCUGAAGCAUGGAGAUGCCUUCAUCUGCUGCAUUCUGAGCCACGGAUCAAAUGGGGUAGUCAUCGGGACAGAUGGGUUGCCCCUCCCCAUUAAAAAAAUUACUCAAACUUUCAAGUCGAGCGACCAGUCUGCCCUCACCGGUAAACCCAAAGUGUUCCUGAUCCAGGCCUGCCAAGGAAAGCAGAUACAGCUUGGAGUGUUGUCAAAAGACCUGGAGGCUGACGAUUCAACCUCACCAUUCAUUCCUGAAGGGGCCGAUGUUCUGGUUGCUAUCGCUACUGUUGAGGAAUGUGUAUCAUUUAGACACCCAAUCGACGGGAGCUGGUUCAUCCAAUCAGUGUGCCAGCAGCUAAAGGAGGGCUGUCCCAGGCAUGAUGAUAUCAACACCAUCCUCAACCGUGUGAAUAAUGAAGUAAGCCAGAAAGAGGGCUGUAAACAAUGUGGAGCAGCAAAGCAGAUGCCUGAAGUCAGGUUCACCCUGAGGAAAACACUUGUGCUGUCACCCCCUUAAUUUAGUGUUAAUUGUUAACUCGGGAAGAGUUUUCUUAAUUGUACUCAGUCAUUUUUUAUCUUUCUGAAUUAUCUCUCAAUCAUAAGAAUGAGGACUUUUAUACUUUUCCAGACAUGUCAAAAAAUAAAGUUUACUA